GUGUUUUACGUAGGGGAGGCUUCGGGCGGACGCGUGGGACCCCGACGGAGCAAAGGUCGCCGGCCGGCCUCGGGUUCGGGUUCGCCGACCCCAAACAACAAACUUGACAAUAGGAGCGCCCGCCGGCGCGGCGAGGCGUGGCCGCCGAGGGCUGGUGGAUCAUUGUGCUGUGAAGGCGGUCCGCACCAGCAGCGAGCGCCCCGGGCAGCCGUCGCGGGCUGCCGACAUCGGAACCGCCCAAUCCGCCGCCGCGGCGACGGGCGCCGCGCGGCAGCAUGGUCACCAUAAAACCCCCGCCCAGGACACCGCCGAAGAAGAACCGGAUGGACAACACGCAAUCUUCCUUCGGCAGCAUCGGCAGCGCGACCUCGAGCCUCAUGGACCUCACGAGCCGGGGCGCGAAAGCGGACGAGGCCGGCGUCGCCCAGGCGGCCAUGGCCGCCGACGCGGAACGACAAGAGGUCGAGGAACGAGAAAGGGCGUUGAGCGGCGACCUCGGCCAGGACGAGUCUGAUGGCGAAGACGUUAAUUUCGUCGUAGAGCAUCCCCCUUUAGCUUUUGAUACAAAUGCGAACAUGAUCUGCACCUUCACGUCCGAGAUCUUCUGCGAGUGUAGUGUGGAGCGGCUGCGGUCGCAUGAGACCGUUGUGCGCAUUUGUGAUGAUCACCCUUUGGCACUGCAUCCUGAUGGUACAGAUAUUGACUUCGAGAAGGGCGUGCCCUGCGAAGCAUUCCGGAAUUUACUGCAAGGUAAAAAGAUCACGCGAGCCGCGAUCACAUUAGGUAAACACUCAGCAAGAUGGAUCCACAUCGAGCCGCCAUGUAAGGCCGAAGUGCAUUUCUCACAUGCUCGAAGACCACUCGGCGCGGCGAACUUCGAGGACGGGUCGACGUUUGUCGACUACGGCUUCCCUUCCGCUGGGCCUUGUAGGUACUUCCCCGCGGCGCACGAAAGUGCCGACCGACUCCUCGAAUUAGGACUGAGACCGCCGUCCAAAGGUGGGGCGGGCUGGACGGCGCCCCUCGUAGCUGAGGGCCUGCGCUGCUGCGGCCGGGCCUGUUGCAACGGCAAGUACAAGGAGCCUCCUGAUUUACCUGGAGACGAUAGUCGGGGGCCGGAGCCGUCGUACCUGACGCCGCGCGAGGGCUGCUGCGCGGUGUCGUAAAUUCGCUGAACAUAACUUAGAGUUGCUUGUUUGC